CCGGGGGUGUUGUGAGACCCUUGUAAGGCGCUCAACAGCAGAAGCGCCGCUCGUAUUUAAACGCGAGCCGCUUAGAGGCCCGUCCCAGCAGCAUCAUCAGCAGCAGCAGCAUCAGCAGCAGCAGCAUCAUCAGCAGCUAUGGUUAAAAAGGCGAACACGGUGAAGUUUGAUGAAGCACAAAUGAAAGACUUUAAGGAUGUCUUCACCAUCAUGGACCGUAACCGGGACGGAGUCAUUGACAAGAACGACCUCAGACAAACUUUUGUAGCCAUCGGUAAGAGUGUGGGUGACGGAGAGCUGAAUGAGCUGAUGAAAGAGUCCCCAGGACCUCUCAACUUUGACACGUUCCUGUCCAUCUUCGGGGCCAAGCUCAGUGGCACAGACAAUGAGGAGACUCUGCUCAACUCCUUCGCGAUGUUUGACAACAGCGGAAAGGGAAACAUCAACUUCGAAGAGUUCAAGGUUUACCUGACCCGCUGGGCUGAUAAAUUCAAUGCGGAGGAGUUGGAACAGAUGACCAAGCUGGCCCCCAUCAGUGGGAGUGGCGUCCUGGACUACCACGCCCUCUGCUACACCAUCACGCACGGCGACGACAAGGACUGAGCCAAUAGGAGCAGCCGCAGCACCCGGUGGGGGGAGGAGAUUCAACCAAAGGGGGUGGAGCUACAG